UUCUUUCACUAUUCAUGGGGCUUGGGCUACCCGAUCCCUCUUCGUAGGGACCCCUUCCCAUUCCUAUUCUUCCUCGUCGGCUUGGGUAAUCGCGUCCUCGCCGAACAAUCACGAAUCUGGAUACCCUGGCUAUGGCUCAUGCGUUGUGUAAUGUCUGCCAUCUGACAGGUUUUGCUUGCUGCUCCCCUUCCACCCCCUCCCCCCACCCUCACACACCCAUCGCCGUAUCGACAUGACAACCACCCCUCCAAAUGGUAUAUAAGACUCUGGGCCGUGAGCCGUUCCUCAGGCCGUACGACUCUCGCUCCAUCAUCACCAGCAAUCAAGUACAUUCUUGACUUCACUACAACCUGACAUCACUCUUAGAGAGCCACUCGACUUACACACACACCCCCCGACUUACACCAAAGCAAACCUCCUCACCUAACCUCAAUGCUUUCAUCAAGAGCAUCAACCAGACUCUGCGCGCCAAAACAAGCGGUCCAACUCGCCCGGGCCGCGGCGCUCUACAACACCACCACCUCCUUCGCCGGCCUCCGCAUCACCACCGCCUCGUUCCAGCAGCAACACCACCACCACAACAACAACAACAACAACAACAACAACAACACCACCACCGCCACGACGGGCAGCCGAUCCUUCUCCACAACCCGAGCAACACAGCUUCGCGACUUCUUCCCGGCCAAGGAGACGGAACACAUCCGCCUCACGGCACCGGCAUGGCCGCACCCGGGCUACACGGAGCAGCAGAUGCACGACAUCAUCCCGGACCACCGCAAGCCGCGCACCGUCGGCGACUGGACGGCGUGGAAGUUUGUCCGGCUCGCGCGCUGGUUCAUGGACCGCGCCACGGGGCUCGGGUCCGAGCAGCAGGUCGACAAGAAGAAUCCCACCACGUCGCUCGUCGCCGAUAAGCCGCUUACCGAGGCGCAGUGGCUGGUGCGGUUCAUCUUUUUGGAGAGUAUUGCCGGAGUCCCGGGCAUGGUCGCCGGCAUGCUCCGCCACCUCGGCAGCCUGCGCCGCAUGAAGCGCGACAACGGCUGGAUCGAGACGCUCCUCGAGGAGUCCUUCAACGAGCGCAUGCACUUGCUCACGUUUAUGAAGAUGUCGGAGCCGGGCUGGUUCAUGAAGGUCAUGAUCCUCGGCGCCCAGGGCGUCUUCUUCAACGGCAUGUUCUUGUCGUACCUCGUCUCCCCCAAAAUCACCCACCGCUUUGUGGGCUACCUCGAGGAGGAGGCCGUGCAUACCUACACGCGGUGCCUCUACGAGAUUGACCAGGGCUUGCUGCCGAAAUGGUCCGAUCCGAACUUUGUGAUUCCGGAUAUUGCGGUGCAGUACUGGAAGAUCCCCGAGGGGCAUCGGACGAUGAAGGAUUUGGUUUUGUAUAUCAGGGCUGAUGAGGCCGUUCACAGAGGCGUAAACCAUACCCUCAGCAACCUUAACCAGAAGGAGGACCCGAACCCGUUCGUCAGCGAGUACAAGGACGGCGAGAAGCCCAAUGCCGCGCUGAGAGCCCAGGGGUUCGAGCGUAACGAGGUCAUUUGAACGACUUUCGAUUACUACCGCCGCGAGAUAUCUGUCAUCACCUUAUUUCUUUUUGUUAGCCAUCGAUGGCCUUCUUGGACUGCGAGACAUCCUUCUUUACACAACUACGAAACAUUUCCUUGCGUUUACUAAAGAAGAAGGCGAUGAAGACGAAAGACGGCGAAGAAGAAGAAGAAGAAGACUUGUAAGAGAAAGAAAGACCGAUGAUACCACUAGAACGGGGGACUGGCCGGCGUUUUUACGGAGUUGCUUUUGUUUGGGAGACGGACAGCCCCCUACUCAUU